UCCUAGGGCAACGGAAGGCAAGAUGAUUUAUAAACAAAAAAAUGAGCUUACAUUCGCCAAUAAUUGUAUUUAAUACUGUUAUAAAUUAAGUAAUUCUAAUUACUAUUCCACAAGAAGAAAAUUGGCAGUAUAUUUGUAUUAAAAUGGCAUCAAUUAAUAAUACCCGGGAUCAAAAACUCGAGCAGCAAAGACAAUUAAUGGAACAAAAAAUGAGGCAGAAGAGACAGAAUUCCGGUAUGGUACAAGCUAACGACUUGCGUGUGAGCUCUGCUAAACGUCCGAUAUCAGGUAGCCGGUCUCGGGAACUUCAUGGCUAUGAUGGUCCGAUGCAAUUUCUUAUGUCACCAGUCAAUCCAGAUCAAGUAAUCCCUCUCCAAACUAAUAGAAUAUCAACAUUUGAUGAAUUAGGUAAUCAGAUAGAGGUACUAACUAUUGGAGAUGAUGGUAGCGGGGAAGAGGAAGGGGAAAGUGUACCCGUGUGCAGCAUGGGUCGUGACAUCAGUACUGACGAUGUGUGCGCCGAUGCGGCCGUUGCUCCCCUCCAGGGCCGAACUAUACAACGUGAAGGGUCACCUAGUCCGAAUGCAGAAAUAGAAGGAUCAGUUGAAGGCUCAAUAGAAACUUUUGUAGUAACACCAGCUAAGCAUGGAACACUAUAUAAGUGUAGAAUAGCUCGGGAUCGCAAGGGAAUGGAUCGUGGAUUAUAUCCCACAUAUUUUUUGCACCUAGAAAAGGAUUAUGGCAAAAAAGUUUUCUUACUAGCCGGUCGAAAGCGCAAGAAAUCAGCAACAUCAAAUUACCUAAUAUCAACUGAUCCAACUGAACUGACGCGUCAAGCAGACAGUUUUGCUGGAAAGCUGCGCUCAAACCUGCUUGGUACAGCUUUCACAGUUUAUGACAAUGGUAAAGCUUGGAGAAAACAUGAUCAUGCCCAUACCAGGCAGGAACUUGCUGCUGUUGUUUAUGAUACAAACGUACUAGGCUUCAAAGGACCACGAAAAAUGACCGUAGUCCUACCUGGUAUGACACCUGAUCGGCAAAGAGUUACAAUUACCCCACAAGAUGACAGUGAAACCCUACUCGAACGUCUGAAGACCCAGACCUUAGACGACAUAGUGGUUCUUCACAACAAGACACCAGUGUGGAACGAUGAAACCCAGUCCUACGUACUAAACUUCCAUGGCAGAGUGACACAGGCAAGUGUUAAAAACUUUCAAAUUGUUCACGACUCGGAACCAGAUUAUGUUGUUAUGCAGUUUGGUCGUAUAUCAGAAGAUAUCUUUACUAUGGAUUUCAGAUAUCCAUUAUGUGCUCUUCAAGCAUUUGGCAUUGCCCUUAGUUCAUUUGAUAGUAAACUGGCAUGCGAAUAAUCGAAUUUACCAAAAAUCGAGUAAUUACAAUUGA